CACCGGAGCAGCUCAUUGGGACAGUUGGAAAUCACGUGACCCUCUCGGCCCACAUGUCAGGUUGUGGGCUUUUCCUUUUGCAAAGCACUGGCCGAGCCUGCCCCAGAUCCAGACCGCGUCCCUUGCUCCUCUCUCCAUCUUGUCUUCCUCCUUCAGAUCCAUACGCGGCGCGUCCUGCUCCUCUCUCCAGCUCGCCUGCUCUAUGGACGUGUUCAUGCAAGCGCAGGCCGAUGCGGAAGACAGGAUUAACCAUGGGCAGUUGGGUGGUGUUGCUGCGGCGCGGCCUGUUGAAUUUGAAUCCCAGGCUUCUAUCAGCAUCGCCGAGGCCCGAGGGGGACAUUUGCCGUGCCGGAGACCAAUGCAGCGGCGGUAGGAUUUGCCGUGCGAGAUUUGUUGAUGAAGAACGGCUCGUGCAAGUGUGUUCGGAGGCUACAAGUGGUUGGACACGCAGAGUAAGGAUCAGGAAAGCUCCUGCAGAGCAUGAGCUCAACCCUACCCGGAAAAGUGUCCUUGAACUAUCCAUGAGGGUGUUCAUAACAAAACGAGAUGGCAAUGUUGUCAACCCAGCUGUCGGAACAUCCUUCGAUUAAUUGGAUGAGGCUUACCAGUCCUAUCAAUCAUCUUCUUCAUGGACUCAUUCUCAAGAAAGUGCUAUCCUUCGGUACAUUGCGCAUGGUUUGUUCAUUUGUUCAAGCUCGAGACUGUCCAGUACGAACACCUGGAACAAAUGGCAGCUUACAUGCUUAGAUUGGGAUAAUAGCAUGCAAAAAUCUAAAUUUUUGGGGUUCAGGAGGCUUGAUUUGCACGGUUUGUCAUACCUGCAAGAAGAGAUGGCAUCCCACAAUGUCAAUGGUGGGGUUUCGCUUGGUUACAUCUGCCUUGAAUUUUCUUACAACAUGGAGAAGAUGCUUAAGGUAGCUACACCAGUUCCAUUUUCUGAUUUUGCUAACAUAAUUGAAGGCAGCCCAGAAAUAUAUUGUUAUAUAAUCAUGUUUGGCUGAUGGGGCAAGAACGUGGUCAACUACAAAAAUGACGAAUGCAAGUUUCAAACACUGCAAAUAAAUACUGGAAUUACUUUGUUGGU